AUGGAGCUGAGGCUGCAGGCGCGCGCGGCGCAGAGCCCGCCCGCCGGGCUGCAGCUGCUGCGCGCGGACGCCCAGAUCGCCCAGUGCUUGCAGAGGCGCCGUGCCGACCCGACGCAGAUCGCGGCCACGGUGCAGGAGUCGGCUACGUUCGCAGGUCUAGAGGUGGACACCAACACCGAGGGAAGAAGACUCCGAGCUCGGUGCUGGUAG